AGGAUAAAUAAUUGCCGUGUAGCCCGACCUUUUAUAAAAACGAAGUGUACGCAACCGCUAGAAAGAACUGAGCUAGUUGGAGAGAGCCGGAGACAGAGACAGACGCAGUGAGAAAUGGGGCGAGUGGCGACGUUGGCGGGAGUGGCGGUGGUGCUGUCGCUGGCGGCGGUGAUGUUGCCGGGGGUGGCCGCGGUGAGGUACCUGGUAGGGAAGGACAUGGGCGAGUCAGGCAACGCAUGGACCACCAACGUCAACUACACUGUUUGGGCUCAAAACAAACACUUCUACAAUGGCGACUGGCUCUUCUUCGUGUACGAUAGGAACCAAUUGAACGUGCUCGAGGUGAACGAGACGGGCUACGAGUCUUGCGACUCCAAUCAUCCAUUGGUGAACUGGACCACAGGAAAAGGGAGGGACGUCGUCCCACUGAACGUCACGAGGCCUUACUAUUUCAUCAGCGGCAACGGAUAUUGCUACGGAGGAGCGAAGCUCGCCAUCAACGUAGAAAACCCGCCACCCCCACCCGUGGCCGCCCCGGUGAAGAGCGGAUCCCCGGCUUCCUUUUACCGGGGACGGAUCAUCCUCCCGGCGGUCUUCGCCGUCGGCGCCAUGUGGGACACGUUCCUCCGGUUCUGCUAGCCCCAAAAACCGCUCAGAGAAUCGGCUUUCCACGAGAUUAACCCGGCAAGUCCUUUCGUCAGCUACAAAAUUCCUGUGAAGUCAAAAGAAUUCAAGUUGUUUUCUUCCACCUGUUGUUCUUUAGUUAGAAAGGAAAGCUGCCUGUUUGAGGGUCUUUCUUCAUGUUAGUUGUUGACCUGAGUUUGGUUUGGUUUGAUUUGAGGGAGCUAGCGUGAGUUGGGCCGGAACCUUGUGACCGCGGUGUUGAGUCUCAAAGACCUGAAGUUCGAUCCGUGAAGAGGACGUGGGUCGCCGGGACCACUGAUUUUCUUUUUGUAUUUGUGCAGCUAAGACCUCAUUUAGCAGA